CGGGGGGCGGCCCCCCGGCGUCUCCGCGGCCACCGAGGACGAGCGACCAGGGUGGCGGCCAGGAUGGCGCGUCCGCGGCCGCGCGAGUACAAGGCGGGCGACCUGGUCUUCGCCAAGAUGAAGGGCUACCCGCACUGGCCGGCCCGGAUUGAUGAACUCCCGGAGGGAGCCGUGAAGCCUCCAGCAAACAAGUACCCUAUCUUCUUCUUUGGCACCCAUGAAACUGCAUUUCUAGGUCCCAAAGACCUUUUUCCAUAUAAGGAAUACAAAGACAAGUUUGGAAAGUCAAACAAACGGAAAGGAUUUAAUGAAGGAUUGUGGGAAAUAGAGAAUAACCCAGGAGUAAAGUUUACUGGAUACCAGGCAAUUCAGCAACAGAGCUCUUCAGAAACUGAGGGAGAAGGUGGAAACACUGCAGAUGCAAGCAGUGAGGAGGAAGGUGAUAGAGUAGAAGAGGAUGGAAAAGGCAAAAGAAAGAAUGAAAAAGCUGGUUCAAAACGGAAAAAGUCAUACACUUCAAAUAAGUCCUCUAAACAGUCCCGGAAAUCGCCAGGAGACGAAGAUGACAAGGACUGCAAAGAAGAGGGGAACAAAAGCAGCUCUGAGGGCGGAGACGCCGGCAGCGACACGCGGAACACGGCCUCUGACUUGCAGAAGAGCGGCGAAGGGACCUAACUACCGUAAUGAAUGCUGCAUAUUAAGAGAAACCACGAGAAGGUUAUACGUUUGGUUGUCUAAUAUUCUUGGAUUUGAUAAGAACCAACACAUAGUCCUUGUUGUCCUUGACAGAACCCCAGUUUGUAUGUACAUUAUUCACAUUCCUCUCUGUUGUGUUUUGGGGAAAAAAGACAUUUUAGCCUUUUUUAAGGUUAUUGAUUUAAUUUCAUGUUACUUGGUUGCAUGAGGUUGCCCUUAACCACUAAGAAUUACCAAGAUUUUUGCACAGACUUCUCCCUGUCUAGGAUCCUUUUAUCAAG